ACUGCAGCUCGUUCAGCAAUCGCCGCCGGCAAAUAUGAACGGCCGGUGGGCUACCCUUUGCUCUUCCACGCUUCUGCUUCUUUCCAUGGCGCUAACUACCGUGUCAGUCAUGCCAGAGGAGGACGUGCGGUGCCUUCGUGAACUAAAACAAUCCCUCGGCGAUCCCGAUGGCAACCUCGCUUGGAAUUUCUCUAACAACACGGUCGGAUUCUUCUGUAACUUCGUGGGCGUGGUGUGCUGGAAUCCACAAGAAAAUCACAUCCACUCGCUCAGCCUCCCCUCCAUGUCUCUUACGGGAAGCAUCCCAUCUGCCCUAAAAUUUUGCAGUGUUGUUAACGCCCUUGACCUAUCCGGCAACUCUCUCACAGACCACAUCCCCCCAGAUUUUUGCGAAUGGAUGCCCUAUUUAGUCGAUCUCAAUCUCUCCGAAAAUAGACUAACAGGCUCAAUCCCCCCUGAGCUCUCUAAAUGCAGCUUCCUCAAUUCUCUUACCCUCUCUUUCAACUCCCUCUCUGGCACAAUUCCCGCCUCCCUCUCUCGCCUCAACCGACUGAAGCACCUCGAUCUCUCUCAUAAUGCUCCCUUCGGUGAGAUCCCACCAUCCCUUGCCUUUUCAUUCCCUUCUUCCUUUGUCUUUGACUCUAACGACGGCUUAUGCGGUCGCCCCGUUUCAUCCCACUGUGGAUCCCGCUCCCACACCAUUCUCAUCAUCAUCAUUGCUAUCAGCGUCUUGGGUUCACUAGCUUCUAUUGCCCUCACCUACUUCGUAUGGAGAUGCUACUUCUCUGAAUAG